AUGGACUGGAAACCUACGGUGAUGAUGAUGGCGGUGGUGAUCAUGUAUGCGGUGUUGAAUGUGCUGACGAAGAUGGCUUUCAAUGAAGGGAUGCACACCACUGUCUUCAUUGUCCUCCGCCUGCUCGUCGCCGCGCUCUUCCUCUCCCCGAUCGCAUACUUCAAAGAGAGGAAGAGUAGACCUAAGCUGUCCAUGGAGAUAUUCGUCUACCUCUUCUUCAGUGCCUUGCUCGGAGCCUCUCUGAUCCAGUGGCUCUUUUUCCUGGGCCUGCGGUACACUACGGCCACGUUCGCGAGCGCCUUCAACAACACGACUCCCAUGUUCACCUUCCUCCUCGCACUGGCCUUCAAGGUCGAGAAGAUCGAUGUCGCCAGCCGCUCCGGUGCAGCCAAGCUCACCGGCACGGCCGUGGGGCUGGCCGGAGCGACGGUGCUGGCACUCUACCAUGGGCCGACCCUGGUGGGGGCGCCGUCGGGGGACCACCUAGCCGCCGGUGCCACCCACGGCGGUGCGCGGAGGUGGGCAGUGGGCUCGGUGGCGUUGCUGGGCUUCUCGGCGAGCUGGUCGCUGUGGUUCAUCCUGCAGUCCAAGAUCGGGACAAAGUACCCGGCGCUCUACUCUGGCACGGCGUGGAUGUUCCUGCUCAGCUUCUUCCAGAUGGCCGCGGUUGGGGCUGCCACUGAGAAGAUGAGCUUGCUGGUCUGGGUCCCCCGCACGGCGCUCCAGGCCGUGACCGUGGUGUUUGCUGGCGUGGGGUCGUCCGGGCUGGGGUUCCUGGCCAUGUCAUGGUGUGUGGAGCGGCGAGGGCCGGUGUUCACCACGGCCUUCAUGCCCCUGAUCCAGAUCGUCACCGCCGGGAUCGACGUCGCCGUCCUCCACGAGCAGCUCCACCUCGGGAGCGUGGUCGGAUCGGCGGUCGUGGUCGUGGGGCUCUACUUGGUCCUGUGGGGAAAGAGCAACGAGGCGAGCAUCGAAUCCAAACUCCCUCCUCCAUCACAUUCCAAGCCCGGUUGGGACGAAGAAACAGAGAAUCAUAGUUCACGGAUUGUUCAGAGGGUGUGA